AACGUGCACCCAGGUGGGGCCUCAGGACCGAGCAUCGGGAAACCCUGCAGUAAGCUACAGUGACACAAAUGUAAUCAUAGGCUUCAAAUCAAGCUUUGUAGUUUUGGGGCGAUAUUACAAACACUACUAAUCCCAAGAUUCUCAGUGGAGGACCGUGAUUUCCGGGUUCUGUGUUGCUAGGGGGAAGGUGGCGCAGAGGACCUGUUGGAAAUGACGGUAGAAGAAGUCGGAUUUCAAUAUAAAGUCCAAAACAGUAAACCUGGAAGAUAGCAAAGAAACUUCACCAGACCUGCGUGCUAAGGGGUGUGACUCACCAUGGAGUCCCUGAUGAGUGCGGUGGCCCCACGGACCCCGGCCCUGUUGAAGAAGGCCUCUGAGGUGGACUUCCGGUCGGGGGCCACACUGGAGCAGCUGUCGGCCCAGGUGUCUGAGCUGGUCACCCUGGAGCAGGGGGACUUCGGGGACCAGCUCGCCCUCGAGGUCCACACGGCCAAAGACUUCAUCUUCAACAUGCUGGGCCUUGUACAGAAGGUGGACCAGCGUCUCCCGGUGGCCAAUGAGUACCUGCUCCUGUCUGGGGGUGCCAGGGAGGGGGUUCUGGACCUCAACCCAGAGGAGCUGGGGGACUACGCCAAGGGGGCCGAUUUCGACCUGGACUUCACCCUCCUGGUGCCCGCCCUCAAGCUCCAUGAUCGCAACCAGCCGGUCACCCUGGACAUGCGCCAGUCGGCCCCCUGCCACUCCUGGCUCUCCCUGCGGCUCUGCGACCCCAACACCCAGGCAAGAUGGAGGAUCUGCUGCCAGGAGGAGACAGACUCACCCCCCGACGAUGAUGAUGAGGAAGAGAAAAGGGAAAUGGGUCACAAAGCCUCUGGUGCCGUCCCCCCCUCCCUCUACUCGCCCCACCAGUCUCUGGAUGGCUGCUACAUGUCCCCGGCGCUGGUGGCUGACUGGUUCUGGGGAGUGGUGGGUGAGGCGGUGGACGAGCUGAGGCGUUCCCCCAAGAGAGGCAUCCCCGUCCCAGAGAGGCUGGAACGCAACGGGCCCCUGACCACCCUCAUCCUCCAGGCGGGCUCCAGCCGGGUGCUCUAUGACCUGCUGCCAGUGGUGUCCUUCCGGGGCUGGCCUGCCGUGGCCCAGGGCUGGCUGACGGCCAAUCACUUCUGGGACGGGAAGAUCACAGAGGAGGAGGCCAUCUCUGGGUUCUACCUGCUGCCCUGCCCGGCUCCGCUGGGGGGGAGGCCCGACCGGGAGUGGAGGCUGGCGUUCUCACGCAGCGAGGUGCAGCUGAAGAAGUGCAUCCCGUACCCCAUGGCCCAGGCCUUCCAGGCUGCCAAGGCUGUCCUCUCCCGCCUCCUGGCUCGCCCCCGCACUGGCCUCAGCCCCUACCACCUUCGCACCCUCCUCUUCUGGGCCUGUGACCGCCUACCGCCCGCCUACCUUUCCUCGCCUGACCCAGAAACCCCCGCCCGCCUCCUCCUGGGCCUCCUGGAUGAUCUGGCCCACUGCAUCCUGGGUAAGAACUGUCCCAACUACUUUCUGCCCCAGUGCAACAUGCUGGAGCACCUGUCGGACAGCCAAUCCCUGCUGGUGGCCCGGAAGCUGGCCCAUGUCCGGUCUGACCCGACCGAGCACCUACGGGCGGCCUUGGACCAGGCCAGACAGGCGAGCCAGCUGAAGAGGGAAGCAGCGAGCGCUACCAACGGGCACGGAGGGUCGCCCAGGCAAGGUUACCCGGCCAGCGGCAUCAUCUCGCCCUCUGACGACAAACUGGCUGCCAGGCUGCAGCAGCUGGUGACCGAGAACCCCGGGAAGUCGAUUUCGGUUUUUCUCAACCCUGAUGAUGUCACAAGGCCGCACUUCCGCAUCGAUGACAAGUUCUACUGACCUGAGAGUAAUGGUGUGCUAUCGACAAACACUCUCUUCAAAACACAUGUAAAACGGCGAGUCAACUAGGAUGGCUCGAGAGUCAAAACACUACAGAGCCUCACUGCUCUCCUAUCCCACCCCCUCCCGGAGGCUAACGACAAUGAUGCUAACAACGCUGCUGAACUAUGACACUACCAAAAACACCUUUGCACACUCCCAGGAGCAGGAGGCUGACCCUAGAGAGCCCUAGGCUAGAGAAACCAACACUCUUCUAUCCAUUUAGCAGUGAGUGAUGUCAUAAAGAGACCUCACCACAGGAAAAAUGCUCGUUGACUUACCACGGAGACUGCUGCUCUUUUAUGAGCUAGCCGUAAGGAGAUGGGUCUUUUUUAAUAAUAAAGAACCGCUUUAGAAUGAAGAAAGUCUGCCGCUGCUCCCAUUCAAUGGCAUGGCUUACCCAAAGGAUUUCUCCUCUCUCCACACUAAUGAGAAACUGUAUCCCCCCCUCCCCCUGCCCAAUCAAAGUGGGUGACAGUACCAGGAUUCUCCAUCUUUUUUUAUAUUCAACUAUGAUGUAUCUGAAUGUAAUUUGGUGAGGGGCAAUGUCUUUGAACAAAUAGUAUUUUCUUUCUAUACGUUUUAUCCCUUUUCCCUCUCUCGUUCUCAUACUUCCUUUCUCUCUCUUUCCCCCUCUCUCUCAGGUAUUUUUAAAGUUGUUCAUUGUUUUUUUUAUGUGACUCCAGGGUUAUGGUUCCCCUCCAUCGAUCUUGAAUGGUAUAACCCAGGGUUGUCCUUCCGUUUCAACACUUACGAUGUGACGUAACGCACCAAAGAGCCACUGGAUGGGUGUUUCGGGAGCCUUUGCUUCUUCAAUCUACCACCCCAUAAGAAAGGUAUCUGUACUCACUGACCCAGAGUCAGUCUGUACUCUUAAAGGAAAGAUUCACCCAUUUUUUUGAAUGCUAUAUUAUUUUUGUUCAUCUCAGUGAUGUUAUCUCUCUUCCCAGGGUAAUUUCAUGUUGAUCUGAGCUAUUGCAGUUCAAGCAGACCGAAAUAAAGCCGCUCUCACUACACUGGAAGUUCAUUUGAAUACGACUUUUCGAUCGCGAAAACGUCUAUCAUGCAUGUCACAUUUCAAUACUGGCUUGAUGUUAUGUCGCGGGAGGUUAUUUUCUCUCAAAUUAGCCAAUGAUCAUAUUUUUGCAAUAUUCCUACCUCGGAAUUUCUUAUAAGAGGGUCCACCACAUUUCUCCUAUUUGUCUGCUUCUUCAGUCCAGAGUGCAUUGUAUGGUGCCGUUGCGAAUGUCCGACUCUCUGUGAGGUACAUCGAUCUGCAGGUUGAGAUGGUGAGAUUGUAUACUCCUAAAUUCAUAGUGCAGUUUAGGUGAUUUUUACAGCCAACUCGCUACUUCACAUGCUGAUAUUGUCUUUGGUGUUGUUGUGUCUAGCUACCGACCAAGCCAGCCAGGCCAUAGAGGGAGCAUUGCAUCGUGGGUUUGGUUGUCGAUCUGAGCUGCAACAGAUUUCCACAUGUUGCUACCAACCUUAUUAUAACGACAAAAUGAAACAUUUGUUCACUAGAUAUUGAUCUCACACAGUGUUAUUUAACACUGUAAAUUAUACCAAUUAGUGGUUUUGGGUGGAUUUAGUCUUCAACGCUCAUAUUCCCCACCUUUACCUUCCAGACCAACAUGCUCCUCAGCGGUCACCUCAUCAAUUUGCCUCGAUUCAGAGGGGUUGGGUUUAUCCCAUGAAAGCUUGAAGCAGCAGUUUAUCAUCAAAUAAGGGUAAUAUCACAGGGCUAUAAGCUAUAAGCUAUGGUACACAAGCUAUAAACCUUUUUAAUUCAGUUAUUUUCUUACAGUCCCUUUUGAAAAUGUGUACCAUGGUACAGUUUACAUUGGGGCUUUAAUGGUGGGAUGUGGUCAUUAAAUGUUGUAUGAUAUUAACAAACUACCUAUAACGGAGGCAGGUUGUUCCGGAAAGGAGGAGAGGUAGUGUUAGCUGCGGAAACGGUUGGCACACUGCUCGAUUGUAUUCUCAUCUUCAUGUUACGAAAUGAAGGCACUGCCAUGGCUUGGCUAGGCUACAUCACGUCAUCUGUAUAAGGCUUGUGUAAGGGCUAUUUUAUUUGUUCCACUUGUGUGUAUGAAGAUGGGGAGGUUUUCAUGGUUUGUGGUUGAAACUCAGAGGAAAAGCUUUUUGUCUUGUCUCAGAUUUUAAUUGGAGGAAACUUGACUGGUUUUGUAAUGGUCCCUCUCUCGCUCUUCUGCUUGGUUUGCCUGUUUUAAUAAGCUGUGUGUGAUCGGACCACUGAUCAAGCUCUUUAAAUGUGCUGAUGGAGAGAGAGUUGGAGAUCCAGAGAGAUGGAACCGGAACAAAUGCACAGCAGGACACAAACACCCAAUGUGCUAGCCUCUUUUCCACAUCCCCUUGUGCUCUCUCUGUCUCUGUCUCUGUCUCUCUGUCUCUCUCUCUCUGUGUGUGUGAGAGACUUGGGGGGCCUUAUCUUGUCCACCCAGAUGUGUUGGAUGGGGAGACGGGCCAGCCUCUGGCCCUUAGUACAGAUUAGUGGUAAAGGAUGGGGGCUGCUGGGAACUGGGACAGCUGCUUGUCUGUCUUGUUAUAUAUCUGUCUCACUUUCUCAUUAUAUAGCUGCGUCUCUCCUCUCGUUUUCCUUCUAUAACUUCCCAUCCAAUGAGUGGAAGUCAAAUCUCCUGAAUACAAACAGUAUCAACACCUUUCUAUCAUCAGAUUGGCUCUAAUCGGCAUUAGCUUAGACUAAGGGUGUGUCCAAAAUGGCACCCAAUUCCCUAUAUAGUGCACUUCUGCCCCAUGGUCCCCGGUCAAAAGUAGUGCACUGAAUAGGGUGCCAUUUAAGACGCAAGCUUAUCAGAGGUGCUUGUUGAAUAUCAUUAGUGGAUUGUCAUGGUGGACAUCACUCGGGCAUCAUCGGAACACUAAAUCAAAUAACAUUCGCCGAGUUCAACAGGUGUAACCUUAAAACAAAGCAGUUUUAAGAAAAAUAAGUCUUAGGUAAAAAAUAGAUAAGUCAGAAAUAAUGAACAAAUGAACAAAUAAUUAAAGAGCAGCCGUAAAAUAACAGUAGCGAGGCUAUAUACAGGGGGUACCGGUACAGACUAUGUGCGGGGGCACCGAUUAGUCGAGGUAAUAUGUAGGUAGAGUUAGUGACUAUACAUAGAUAAUAACCAGAGAGUAGCAGCAGUGUAAAACAGAGUGGAGGGACAAUGCAAAUACUCUGGGUAGCCAUUAGAUUAGCUGUUCAGGGAGUAGAAGCUGUUAAGUCUUUUGGACCAUAGACUUGGCUCCCCGGUACCGCUUGCUGUGUGGUAGCAGAGCGAACAGUCGAUGACUAGGGUGGCUGGAGUCUUUGAACAUUUUUAGGGCCAUUGACACACCGCCUGGUAUAGAGGUCCUGGAUGGCAGGAAGCUUGGCCCCAGUAAUGUACUGGGCCGUACACACAACCCUCUAGUGCCUUGCGGUCGGAGGGCGAGCCGUUGCCAUACCGGGCAGUGAUGCAAACAGUCAGGAUGUUCUCGGUCUUGCAGCUGUGUAACUUUUUGAGGACCCAUGCCAAAUCUUUUCAGUCUCAUGAGGGGGAAUAGGCUUUAUUGUGCCCUCUUCAAAUCAAAUUUAUUGUUAUCUCAAAGUGCUGUACAGAAACCCAGCCUAAAACUCCAAACA